UCCACGCGUGCUCCCCGUGGGCGCUGCGCGGUUGCCGGUUCUCUGCGUGUACUCCCGUGGGGUUUGCGUGGGUGCCUGUGCGCCAUCUGCCCUCCCGUGGGCGCUGCCUGUGCCGGGUCCUGCCGAUGCCUGAGAUUCCUGCUGGAGCAGCCCAGGGAGCGCGGGCCUGGGCUUGCCGCUGAGUUUUAGCAAAACUUCACCGUUUCAGCAAAUACCACCAGAAAAAUUAGUUCUUUCCCCCACGCAAAUCCCAGAACUGCCAUCGGCUUCUGCUCCCGCUGCUCCAGCACUGGCUUUCCCAGCCCAGCCGGAUUUGGUAGCAGGUCCGGGCUGCACCGUCCCAAAAACCUGCCGGGGCUGCGGCCAGCCGCGGCUGGACCCUGUACUUAUCCCAUUAGGACGCACAGCAGCCUCCCAUUGAGGUUUCCUGGGGCGGUUUGCCUGCCUGGCCGCACCGGGAUGUGAGAUCCAGGACGGGAUGUGAGGUCUGUGCCUGGAUGUGAGGUCCGUGCCGGGAUGGAGACACUCAGCACCGGCCCUUUGUUGCGGCAUCUUCGGAGAGCGCAUCCAGCUGCCUGGACACGCGUCCUGCUGCCACGCCACGCCGAUCCAGCAGCUCCGGCUCUCCUUCCGGAGCUGUUCCUGCUUUGCUGGCGCCGGAUCCGGGCUGUAACCCUCGCUGGAGCUGCUGGGGUGCAGCUGAGUACCCCAACUCCAGCACCGGGGAUGGUGUCGGAGGCUCGCAGAUGAUGUCAUCAGAUGACCUCAUGCAGAUGACAUCAUGCGAAUAACAUGUAGAUGUUUUCCCUUCAUUGUGGCGCACUGUCAGAGGUGCCUGCAGAGCCAAGCUGAGACCAGGUGCCGGUGGCUGGGCUGUGGUCUGUGGCCCUCGCUGAGGACCUCACUGGUGUCUUCACUGGAGAUCUGUCUGGGGCCAUCACUUGGCUGGGGACACUGCCGAAGUCCUCACUGAGGUCCAUCCCAGGGAUCUCCUCGCUCGGUGUGCCGCUCCCCAAAGCCAGGGACCGUGCCCCUGCCGCCCCUUCCCUCCAGCCGCCUGCCGCGGUCCCCAGCUGACCCCUCCCGUCUCCCGCAGGUCCCUGGCUGCAGGACGGUGACGGCCAUGCCCUAGGGGAGCCCCGCCAUGAGCCAAAGCGGGGCGUCGCGCCUGGCCGGCUCCCCGCCGCUGCCGGGGGGCUCGCUCCUGGCCCUGCUGGCCCCCGAGCCCUCCCCGUCCCCCCCCAGCGGGACACCCUCGCCCGGGCCCCCGCCGGCCUUGCUGGAAGGGGACUGGGAAGGGCGGGAGGAGCUGCGGCUGCGGGAGCUGGAGGAGGCGCGGGCGCGGGCGGCCCAGAUGGAGAAGACGAUGCGGUGGUGGUCGGACUGCACGGCCAACUGGCGUGAGAAGUGGAGCAAGGUGCGCGCCGAGCGCAACCGGGCGCGGGAGGAGGUGCGGCAGCUGCGGCACCGGCUGGAGGCUCUCACCAAGGAGCUGGCCAGCCUGCGCCGGGACCGCGACCGCGACCGGCCGGACGAGCGCUCGCCACGGCCGCCGCCGCAAGCCAGCGCCGGCAGCGCGUCCGCCGACGGAGCAGAGGGGGACACCGGCCCCGAGCAAGAGCCUGUGCGGGAUGUGGGGGCUGAGGUGCCCCAAAAAGCCAAGGAGCUGGAGCUGAUGGAAAACAUCUUGACGAGCAAGCAGGACGAGAGCUGGGAGCAGCGGGGCCCCCGGGCCUCCUUCAGCCGCCAGGAACGAAGCCGCCUGCUCUGGGAGGACGUCAGCGUCGUGGAGGAGGAUGCCACCAAAGUCACCGCCCUGAAGCUGAGGCUGGAUGAGUCCCAAAAAGUGCUGCUCAAGGAGCGGGAGGACAAGCUGGCGCUCAGCAAGAACAUCGAGAAGCUGGAGGGUGAGCUCAGCCAGUGGAAGAUCAAGUACGAGGAGCUCAACAAGAACAAGCAGGAGGUGAUGAAGCAGCUCAACAUCCUGAAGGAGAUUCAUCAGGACGAGCUGGGGCGCAUCUCCGAGGACCUGGAGGAUGAGCUGGGCGCUCGCUCCAGCAUGGACAAGAAACUGGCUGAACUGCGUGCAGAGAUGGAGCGGCUGCAGGCAGAGAACGCGGCUGAGUGGGGCCGGCGGGAGCGGCUGGAGACGGAGAAGCUCAACCUGGAGCGGGAGAACAAGAAGCUGCGGGCACAGAUCGAGGACCUGGAGGAGGUGCUGGCUCGCAAGCGGCGCCAGACCGCCAGUGCCCUGGACACUGACCUCAAAACCAUCCAGGCUGAGCUCUUCGAGAAGAACAAGGAGCUGGCCGACCUGAAGCACAUCCACACCAAGCUGAAGAAGCAGUACCAGGAGAAGAUGGCCGAGCUGGCCCAUGCCAAUCGCCGCGUGGAACAGCACGAGGGAGAGGUGAAGAAGCUGCGCCUGAGGGUGGAGGAGCUGAAGAAGGAGCUGGCCCAAGCCGAGGAUGAGCUGGAUGAGGCCCACAACCAGACACGGAAGCUGCAGCGGUCGCUGGACGAGCAGACGGAGCAGAGCGAGAGCUUCCAGGUGCAGCUGGAGCACCUGCAGUCACGGCUGCGGCGGCAGCAGAGUGCCCCGCUCUUCGGCAAGAUGCGCAGCGCCCGCUUCGGCCCCGACGACGCUGGGGACGGCACCAGCGACCCCGACGAGGACGAGGACCUGCAGAUACAGGUGCCCUAGAGCCCGGGGCCAGUGCCACCUCCGCAGGACGUCCCACAUCAGUUCUCCGCAUUCAAGGGCGCGUCGCCAGGGGACCCAGCUGUGCGGUGAUCCUUGUAUAGAUGGGGAAACUGAGGCACGGAGCAGUGGGGAGAAAUUUGCCCAGGGGUGCUCCAAAACCCACUGCUUCUUGGACAGUACUGGAUGUCCCUUCGGCCACCAGCAUCUCCUGGAACGCUGUGGCCACCAAAGCCAGCAUCACUGAGCAGCCCGGGAGGAGGAGGCGCAGGCAGAGAGAUGCACCAAGCCCGGCAGCCACAAACUGCCCACUUCUUUUUAUAUAUAUUAUAUAUAUGUAUGUAUUUGUAUAUGAUUUUUUUAUUAUAAAUACAGAGCCCAGACGGGCCCAGGC